UUAGAGCGCCGAAGAAGGAAGGAAGGAAGGAGAUUAACUUGAAGGAAAUGAAUCCACCCGGGUAUUCCUUCGUUCCUUCUCACGAUUACGGAACCAGAAUCGUGGAGAAUUGUAUCGUCUCAGAAUCGGACAUUUUGCAGGAACCCCCCUAUGACGGCCACCUCGGAAUUUGAGACCUUCGAAAGGCGCUGACCGUGGUUUCGCCUAACUGUGUUCACUGCCUUGUAUGUCUGAGCAGCCGCUGAUUAGCGUCCUGCGUGCACUAACUUGCAGCAAUGAUUUUAUAUAAAAGGCGGGACUGCUACCUCUAAUUUUCCAUCCAACUUCCCCUUCAUUGAACUCAGCUUUCUUACAUUCAAAUUCAGAUCAAGAUGUUGUCGUCCGCUUUCCUCACGAUCGCAUUGGCUACUACAGUCCUUUCGCACCCCACGAAGCGACAGACCGGUGGUGUGAUCACCUCAUGUACUGUGCCAAAUACGGUUGCUCUCACUUUUGAUGACGGUCCAUACAUUUAUUCGCAAAACAUUGUCGAUAUGCUCGAUGCAAAGAGUGCCAAGGGCACGUUCUUUGUUAAUGGAAACAACUACGGCUGUAUAUACGGUGACAACGAGGUGGCAGCGAUCAAAAAUGCAUACUCGAAGGGUCAUCAGAUCGCUUCGCAUACAUGGGCCCAUAAAGAUCUAGCUACGCUGUCUUCUGACCAAGUCGAAAGUGAAUUCACUCUCACUGAUACGGCGCUGGCGAAAAUACUCGGAGUUAACGUUGCAUUCAUGAGACCUCCAUACGGAAGUUACAACGAUGGCGUGUUGCAGGUCGCUGCUGCGCACAAUCAAAGCGUGAUUAUUUGGGAUUUCGAUUCUGGUGAUUCUGUGGGAGUAUCCCCCGCGGAUAGUGAGGCAGGGUAUGAUACUCUCGUGGGUAAGCAUCCUAGCACGAUCUUGACUCUGAACCACGAGACUGUCGAAACUACUAGUACGACCGUUCUCCCGCAUGCCCUUGAGGUCUUGCAAGGUGCAGGAUACAACCUUGUAACCAUUGCUGAAUGUCUUGGCUUGCCAGCAUAUUUGAGCAUUGGAGCGCCUGGCGUGAAAGAUGCCUCGUGGACGUGUGGAACAUCUUAGAUGAUGGACUGUCUUGUUGCAUAGACUCGGACUGGCGCUGUAUUUUUAUUUAGUACCUGCUGUUUUCCAAAUACCACUACGAUUUCAUA